AGCACAGAGGGAGAGCGUAUGUAGCGUGAGGGAAGAGAAGAGCAGAGAGGAGCAGCAUCGGGAGAGUCAAUGCAUGUUGCCAGAUUGGGAGAAACGGGGAGGGUAGAGGACAGAAGCAACGAGGAGUAAGAGAAAGGGAAGCAAGGAUUUUGAGUGCUUGAGGGAGCAUAGAAGAGAGGAGAGAGAAGGGGAGGGGAGGAGAGGCAGUUCGGUCUCAGUCAAGUAGAGAGGCAGGCAGGGAGCAGUGUAGAGCCGGCAGUGCUGCAUUGUGGAUGUAAACUUUAUCAUCUGCGGGAUCAGUGGGUAGCAGCUGCAGAGCAGGAGGGAAGCGUGCUGGUGGAUUACCAUGUGUGUCCUCUGAAUGCACCAGGAUGCUGCAUCUCCACCAGGGGAAAAGCUGGCCGUGGCUCGCCUGCAGAGGGAAGUCGCACGGAGCAAGAGCGAAGGAACAAUGCGAGAAAAGCUGAUCCACGAGCUAGAGGAAGAGCGACGCCUGCGACUGGAGAGCGAGAAGCGUCUCCGGGAAGUGACAGAGGAGUCAGAGCUGGGACGGGCGCAGAUGGUUUCACUGCAGCAACAAUUCUCCAGGAUGGAAGAGACAGUGCGGUCGCUGCUGCAGAAUCAGGGCGUCCUGGAGCAGACUGCUGUGGACACAGUGGACAUCAUGAAGGCCUAUAAGGAUAAACUCUCCGAGGAAGUGCAGAAACGGCACGAUGGCCCCGAAGAGAACGGCUCCCUGCCGACGACUCAAGCGGAGCCGGACCCCGGGCUUCUGCCAGACGCCGAUCCUGAUGCCAGCCAAGCAGAAGACGACAAAGACAAAACCAAGCUGCUUCUGGAGCGCCUCAAGGCUCUGGAGGAAGAGAAUUCUGCGUUGGCCUUGGAGAAUGAGAACCAAAGGGGGCAGUAUGAACGCUGUCUAGACGAGGUUGCCAAUCAAGUUGUGCAGGCGCUUCUCACCCAGAAGGAUCUGAGAGAGGAAUGUCUGAAGCUGCGAACCAGAGUGUUUGACCUCGAGCAGCAGAAUCGGGCACUGAGUGUUUUGUUCCAGCAGAGGAUCAAGCCCGCCUCAGACCUGCUUCUCCAGAAACUCCACUCUCGGAUCAUGGAUCUGUCUGCGGCAGAUUUGCUUCUGGAGCCAGAGAGAAGCAAGGCCUUCUUGCUUUCCAGGAAUACGGACUCUCCUUCUAAUGAGGUUCAGUUGAACGGAAAGGCAGGUCUACCUGUGGCCAAGUGUCUGAGCCAGCUGAAUCUGACGGUGCCAGCGCCUGUGUACCCACGCAGCAGCUGCAGCAGUAGUGAGUUGUCCCUGUCAAGUGCAUGCAGUGAAUUCUCCAGCGGCUCAUACACCUGGAAUGACGGACGCUCCUGUGGAAAAAUGUCAUCUCUGACCUGGGAGAAGAGGCUGAGUCUGGGUUCAUCAGCCCCGAGUAACAUCUGUGCACCACUGGAGGAGCAGCUGCCCACAAGGCGCAAGGAGAGCCACAUACUAGAGGGACUGAGAAAGCUCCAGAGGAGGAAACACAGGAGCUCCUCCUCUUCAUCCAAGGUCUCCAAGUCAGGCUACAAGGACUGCAUGAACUCCAAUGAGGGAAUCUACUCCCUGGGUAUAAAGAGCAGCAGCAAGGGGGUGUCCAAGCCUACUCAUGUGGGUAGAAGUUUGGCUACUGGGGGCAAGAAGUUCUCUUACGAUUCUGAUGAUGCAGACGAUGAAUUGGCACAUUCCAGUCGUGGAGAUAACAUCCCCACCAAGGACAGCUGGUUUUACUGUAAGAGGCGCUCUCACAGCGUCUCCGACAGUUUAUGUAGCUGGGAGGGGAUACAGGACAGUGGAGGUGGAGGUGAUGAUAGCUCAGGUCCCGUGGCGACAAAACAGCCAUCUGGUUAUGACUCAAAGGAGCGUCCAGAGAAACUCAUGAGUUACAUUGACAGUUUUCUGCCUGAGGGAGGGCGAAAAUCAGCUUUUACUAAACCAUCCAUGCUGCACUUCAACCCCUCUGACCCAGAGGGCCUGAAUCACCUCUCUGAUGUGGAUGAUCCAGAGGAACUCAACUCUGAGUCCAGUGACAUCCGAAUGUCCUUAAAUCAGCCACCAGAGCAAGCAGAGAGGGACUCCAAGAGGCUGUCGAGGGAUGCCGCCAAGCUGCUUGCACAGCAGUGUUUGCGAAGAGACCAGGGACGCACCCAGUCUGCAGAUGGGAGACCCAGGCCUUUCAGCCUAAUCAAGGAGUCCAAAGGGGCCAAAUGCACUCAGUCUGAGGAGAGCAUUUUAGCAGUAUUUGAUGCAGAGGGAGAGCCCAUUGAACUUUGUGCUCAGAAACUUGCAGCAGGUGCUGGGUCUCGAAAUGACAUUAAAGGUAGCAAAGUAGUUCCUGAUUACACAGAGCUAGUGCCCCAAGACAGACCAACAAGGCAAAAGUCAGCAAAUACGAGAAACUACACUGUUCUUGAGUCUCCAGAGAAGCCAUCUGAAUAUCAGAUUAGGACAAGCAAAACAAGCAAUAGCAGAGAGGGCAGUGCAGAGAGGCUGUCAAUGCAGCUGACUCCACAAAGGAAGCUAAUCAAACCACUAAGCAACCGAGCUAAUAAAGGCCAUUCAAUCCCUCCCAUGAAUGAUUCUGCUGGUUCAAAGUCCACUGGUUCAAAGAUACCUGGUCGUAACAAACCUUCAGGAUCCCCACUCAGAUUGUCUAAGGGCUCCACCACUGAACAAAGUAACAGUGGAAACUCAGGACCCUCUGGUCAGGAGAAAUCCCCCUCUUCUCCUACAGUGAAAAUGUCCAGGUUCAUCAAGACACCAGGAAACUGCUCACAGAGCCCAAAGGCGGUCAAUUCAAAGCUUCCCAGCAGGGCGGAGUGGAGUAAGGGCUCCUCCAGUUCCCCACACCUCUCAAGGAGGCACCUGGAGUAUGCUGAUAAUGGCGAACAGCCAACCAGAGACAAACACUGUGAAACCAGCAAAAAUAAACUCAGGUCCCCUUCUCCUCCCCCUCCCCCAGGCCGCACCACCUCCUUACUGAUCAGACCAAAUUAUGAAGGGUCGCCUCAAGCACAUAAAACAGGGGUAGCUCAACCAUCCACACCAACCACUGUGAGGGGCCCUCCCCCAAGUUACCACACCUCACUUGUACCAAAUAUGCAAACUACGCUACCCAUCAAGGAUAAAGACUGUUUAGACCUGGAUGCAGGCUACGGGACUGCACUUGCACCUCAGAAACUGGUAGACAAAACCAGUCAGCACCUUCAAAAGUCCCCCGCCAUGACUCAGACAUCUACUAAAGGCACUUCCAAGCGAAUGACCACGAAAGACUACCUCCCUUCUGCAAACUCAGGGUGUGCUCCAGAACCUGAAAAUGUACCUAAAAGCUCAAAGAAUGUCCCUCCUCCCUACAGUGCCCUCAGAGGGUCCUCACUUCAGAACUCAUUUGCAAGUAAAAGAGGAUCAACCCAUGAAAAUGUUCAUCAGUCAGUGCAAAAGACCUCUAUUAGUUUGCCUAUAUCGCUUCAGGACACCCCUCAAGGUAAAACAGAGCCACAGAAUGGAAAAGCUGUAGUCAGUCCACCCAGCUCAGUGAUGCUGUCCCCUAACCAAGCAGAAAAAGCCUCAAAGACUCGCAUCCCAAUGGGGUUUAAAGCAUUUUUAAAAUCUCCUCCCAGCCAUAAAAAUAGUCCCUCUAUACCAGGCAAGCAAGAGAAAGAUCAUAUCAACUCAGUCUCCAAGGAGACUGUGACUUCAAAUGCUUCUACCCAGUGUGACAGCUUGCAGCCAGAGUACAGUAUUGAUUCACCACCCAAGAUGUCCAUUACAGAGGGGAAAGGUGAGGUCCAGUGUAGGUUACUGGAAGAGCAAGUACACGCUGCUGUGUUGCCAGAGGAGGGGGAUGUUUGCGAUAAGGGGAAGAGGAGUAGUCAACUUUUCUCCAGAUCCAUAUCUGUUACUACAAAACCUCAUCUAAAGCCGGCCUUAGGGAUGAAUGGAGCCAAAGCCCGUAGCCAGAGUUUCAGCACCAACUACAUUGAGAAACCCAACAUCAAUGGUCUGGAUGGACCUGGAAAAAUCCGAACACAGAUCAUCACCAACUCAGGGGAAAGGGGGAACUCUCUGUCAAGACAGGGCUCCUUGGAGGUACCCAGUGAGAGCCCAGUCCAUUCCCCCAGGACCAGGCUGAGCCACUAUGGAGGUAUGACAGGGUCAAAUAGUCAGAACAUCCUCCCUGAGAGAACUUUCAAAUCAGGCUCCAAAGGUGAGGGGUCACAGGGCACAGUGAAAGGGGAAGCAAUCACCUCACUGUCUCAAAAAGAGAUGCAUAGCUUACCCAUCAGUGAUAGGACGGGUUUGAACAACAUUCGACAGCCAGCAAAAGUUGCCUCUCAUUCACAGUUUCAGCCUCCAUCCUCUUGUGUCUAUAGCUCGGAAAACCCAGUGCGAGAGACAGGAGGCAUAGCAACCACCCCUAAUGAGCCAGACUUUAGCAGGGAAGUGAAAACUCAGACGGACUCGCCAAACAAACUCCCAGAUAUGGAGGAGAAAAAAAUCAGCCCCACAGUCUGCACUAUUGAAGAGAAAGUCAUGAUGGGAAUCGAAGAGAAUGUGCAGAAAUGUCAAGAACAGGAGAAGGUCGCUGCCAGUGAGGCCAAACAGAAGACAGGCCCCUCUUUGGCAAACUGGUUUGGCUUCCGUAAGAGCAAACUCCCAGCUCUGAGUGGUAAGAAAACAGACUCCCCCAAGGGAAAAGAGGAGAAGAAAGAGCUGAAGAUCGGUUCAGUGCUUGGUAGCAAGCAGAUGAAGGCUGACAAGAAGAAAGAUAAGAAGAAAAAUGAUAGCCAGCAGAAAGACAGUCAGGAGGGGCAGAAUCUGUCUGAGAUGAACAACAAGCUGAGCUCCAUCAUGGACCACUGCAACAAUCAGAUGGGUCAGAUUGCCAAUCAGAUCCAGUGUACGACGGCGUUUAUCGGCAAAGACCAGUUUGUGAAAGAGCUUCUUGGCAGGACUGCUGUGAAGGGCAACUCUGUGACUGCAUCGCCGCCUGAGAUCUCCACACUCAAGAAUCACAGCGAAAUGAAGGGAGAUAUGGAGAUCUGUCCAGAUACUGCUACCCUUAUAAUGACUCAGAGGAUCAACCUGAGGGCUGAAAAUGAGGAGGCACGCAUCCCAGACACCGCCUGUCAAGACCACAUGAUAGGCUCCGGCUGUCAGAUGAGAACCCUGGACAGCGGGAUCGGCACCUUCCCUCUCCCCGAUUCCGUCACCCGGGCCAGCGGUCGCCACAUCCCUAAAUCUGAAUCCAGCCCCAAUGGGGUGACCGCCGGCUCCUCUGAGCUCGAUCCGGAGCCUCCCUCUUCUCACCCAGAUCCCUCUCACCCUGAUGUGAAAGUGCCUUCCCUCCCAAAAACCCGAGUGCAUGCCCCUACCAGCAUGGGUCACUCCCUGUCCGACCCCACUGUGACCUGCAGCAGCAACACACAGGACACCCAGAGCCGUCUGCCCAAAUUAGCAACUUCAGAUGCAAUCAGAACAAAGAGGCUGAGUCUUUGUGCCCCGAGGAGCAACAUCUCCACAGUGGACAAAGAGAAAGAAACAGAGAGGAAGGUGAAAACCAAGGACUAUGAUGUGUCUGGUGAGAGAGCCCUGCGAGUGUGCACGUACUCGGGCAGCAGCAGCGACACCGAGACUGAACUUGAGGGAACAGGAAGCACUUUGAGCUCGCCACAGAGGACCCUGAUCAACAGAACCAAGAAGAGCGACUCAGUCGACCAGAAUGAGGAGACCUUGAAGAGAAGCAGUGUGGAGAAAUCCUUGUCCAUCAUGGACUACUACCAACACGACGUGUUCUCGCAUCUGGAGAAGGACAGCAGGAGGAUUUCCCAGUACAACCUGUUGCACAAAGAGUCAUCCCUCGAUGGCAAAGCAGGAGACAGACUCAGUAGGGAGAUUCCCCUGGAGAAAACGCCUGCCAGUGCAAACCAGCCAGGCUCUCUCGACUUCUCCUUAGAGUCCCUGAACAAGCUGAAUCACAGCAGCUCCAGCAGCGGCAGCCUCUAUCCGGACACAGGCUCGGGCGGCCGCAGAGGGGACUGCCACGCCGAUGCAGGGAAGAGAGCGGAGGACUGCUGCAAGGUGGACGAGCCCUCCUCCUCCGGCUUCUCCAGCAGGCCCGGGGCGGAUCCAGUGGGAUCCCUGAGCGACUCGCUGUACGACAGCUUCUCUUCCUGCACCAGUCAGGGCUCCAAUGAUGUGUAGGGGCAAAGAGUCAGAGGGUAGGACUGUAGUGAAGGAGUCCAGUCCACGUCUUGAGUCUGGUUUUACGGCCACUCUGACAUCUUGGUCAUUACCAACACCUUCUUCCAUUACCCUCUUUUUCGAGUUCUCCUCCUUUUCAGGCAGUCUGGUCUUGAAAGCCGCUCAGACUGGACUAAUGUUUUCUUGACUACAGUCCUGCCCCAACACAAACAGUCCUGUCUGCAUACAACACAAAGCACUUAGUGGAGCUGGGGCCACGAGGAUGAAACCUCAACCCAAAUACCAAACAAGGACUUUUAAUAGUUUGACUUUGGGUGUGGUGGACUGGACAGCAAUACACAACGUUGUCUCAUUGCAAUUAGUAGUUUUCUCCCCCCCGCCCCAUGUUGGGGAACUUCUUAUCAUUGCACUGUAACAAAUACUGUACAAAGUUUGUAAGGAGUGUAAAGUGAAUUUAUUAGCUAUUAUCCAAGCAGUGAUGAAGCAGGGCGUCUUCUUGGGGCAACGCUGACAGGCAACAUUGGCGUACAGUCGCAACAAAAGCGUUGCUUCGCUUGCAUUCCUGUUACCUAGGAAACCAGAUUUAAACCCAAGGGGUCGUUUUAUGUUUUGCUGCUAAGUUCAUUGCCCACUGAAGUUGCCCGAAAAAUUUGCCCAUGUGGAAUCACAACCCACAAUAACACACCUGGUUCAUCUUUGUCUACGUCUAAAACACCAUUGCUGUUCAUUUGAAAUCACUUUCACGGUGAAACCUGUUGCCAAUCUUGUCUCUGUGCGUGAUCUUUUCCGCGGUUAUGCAGCCGAUGACGGCAAAAACCCAAAACAGUGACACAUGCUCAACUCAUUCUAAACACGAUGUCAAGCAUUUUAUGUUUCCAUGUGGUACAUUAACUAACGCUGUACAGAAAAAUGACCAACACUUUGGCUUGAAUGCACCCAGUGUCAUUGUUGGUAGCUCAGGGAACAUACUGGACUAAUGUAGAUUGUAAGAUUUAAAAUACAGCCAUCAGGAAAAUGUUGACAAAUACAAAUAACACUCAAUAGGUUUUUUUUUUUUUUUUUGGUUGUUAUUUUUUUUUUCCUGUUUUGAGUUCCUGAUAUAAACUCCACAGUCUAAUUCACACUCUCAUGUAGCACAGCUAACCUGAACUCUCCAAACCUCAGUUUUCCUCUCAUAGUUGUAUAUGAUGUUGUAUAUAUAUAAAAAUGCUAUAAGUUAAUAUCAGAAUGGGCAUUGCUGAUUGAUAUAUGCAAAAUGAGAAAAAUAAACAAAGCAAAACAGCAAAAAAAAAAAAAGAUGUAAAUUGUUUGCCAAUCAUUCAACCAAGGUUUUUCAGUCUGCUGUUUGAAAAUGGCAUGUAUCUUUUAUUAUGGAAUUCUGUAGGGGUUCUUGUUUAAAAAAAAAAAAAGAAAGAAAGAAAAAAGAAAAAAAAAGUCUUUAUUUUGAUCAAUAAGAGCUAAUACUAAAAUAUUUUAUCACUUUAUUUUAAAGACAUAUUUGAACUUUAGGCUGACGUUAUGCCAAAUUUCUAUCUGGAAUUUGACCAGCUGGUGCUAAUCAACAGAGCCAACUGUGUGUUUCAAUUUUUCUAUGAAACUGUUAAUAUUGUAUGAAGAGAGUCUGAAGAGGACUUGUGUAUUUUUCUAGAUGUCCAGUAUUUAUACCCACAUUUUGUACUGUCAGACUGUAGUGUGAUUGUCAUGCUUCACCUCUCUCCUUAAAUGUUCCUGGUUCCUUUGUAAAGAGAAAUGGUUACCAGCAGUGUUACUUUGGUAAUUAUUAUUAAUAUUAUUGUUAUUAUUAUUAUUAUUAUUAUUAUUAUUAUUAUUAUUAUUAUUAUUACUGUGUGCAAUUUUGUCUGUUACACUAGACUUUAAUGGUAUAUUUUAUGUAACUAUUUCCUAAAUAAAUAUAAGAAACUAUUUCCUAUUUCAACCUGAGCUGCAAGGUGUGUGUGUGUGUGUGUGUGUGUUUGAGUGAUGUGGAAAGGAAGAGGCAGAACGUGCGUAAACGUGCGCGGUCGGGUGCGUCACCAGGUGAUUCACUCACUCACUCACUCAUUCAGCCUUUGAAUGUGGGAGUAAAGGUUUGGAGAGAACCCGAAAUCUUUCACCCCCCCCCCCCCCCCCCCCCCCCGGGGCAUCGUGUGUAAUCACCGCUUCCCACUCACAGUCUGUCAGCAGGAGAUGAAGCACAGAGCC